UAAUAUUACGAGCCGUGAAAUUUUCCAAAUGCUCUGUACCUCUCCUCUGUCCAAAAUCCAAGAGGCGACACAAAACUGAUCAAUCUCCCACUUCCAUAACCGUUUAUCUCUCUGUCUCUCUCUAUCUGUAUUCCUCCCCUCCUCUCUCUCGCUCGACUUCCACUUUCAGUUUUUUCCUAGAGCUAACGAGUACCAGAAAUGGCGGAUCAGCUCACUGACGAUCAGAUCUCUGAGUUCAAGGAGGCCUUCAGUCUCUUCGACAAGGACGGCGACGGUUGCAUCACUACCAAGGAGCUUGGGACUGUAAUGAGGUCAUUAGGGCAGAAUCCUACUGAAGCUGAGCUCCAGGACAUGAUAAAUGAAGUUGAUGCUGAUGGUAAUGGAACUAUUGAUUUCCCAGAGUUUUUAAAUCUCAUGGCUAGGAAGAUGAAGGAUACUGAUUCCGAGGAGGAGCUGAAAGAAGCAUUCAGAGUUUUCGACAAGGACCAGAACGGUUUCAUCUCUGCCGCGGAGCUUCGCCACGUGAUGACCAACCUUGGGGAGAAGCUGACCGAUGAAGAAGUUGAUGAGAUGAUUCGGGAGGCUGACGUUGAUGGCGAUGGGCAAAUCAACUACGAGGAGUUCGUUAAGGUUAUGAUGGCCAAGUGAUUCCUUCCAUUUCCCUUAAAUCUUUCUAGUUUUACCACGGCUGAAAUUUGGAAAGAAGACCUAAAACUUGAUGGACGACGGUUCAGCUAAUAUCACUUGGAGUCUUUCUUUUUCUGUUUUGUUUUGAAUGGUUUGUGGGUUGGAGUUGGACCUUUAAUCAGAACGGCAAAGGGUGGCGAGAACUUUUUAUCCUCCUUUGACGAUGCGUCUUCUGACUCUUGUAUCUGAACUUAUUUAUUGUCUAAAUAUAAUGUUCCCAAUUGGAUGGAUGGUUCAAUAUUUA